AUGCAUCCUUUUCCGGUUUAGAAAGCCGUGUAAUGGAUUGGUCUUAGUUAGACCUCCAGAUAAAAUCACAUUUAAUCGUGGUAAAAUAAACAAUAUCCAAAAUGUCGCAAGAACAGAUGACUUUGAGGGGAACUUUGCAGGGCCACGGUGGAUGGGUAACUCAAAUUGCAACCAAUCCACAGUAUCCUGAUACAAUUUUGUCUGCAUCAAGAGAUAAAAGUCUCAUUUUGUGGAAGUUGACUAGGGAUGAGACUAAUUAUGGUGUGCCAUACAAGUCUCUCCAUGGCCAUGGACAUUUUGUUAGUGAUGUAGUUUUAUCUUCAGAUGGUCAGUUCGCACUAUCCUCCUCCUGGGAUAAAACUCUUCGCUUGUGGGAUCUUGUAGAAGGCAAAACAACUAGACGCUUUGUUGGACAUGAGAAAGAUGUUUUGAGUGUGGCUUUCUCAGCUGACAAUAGGCAGAUUGUCUCUGCAUCUCGUGACAAGAGCAUCAAACUGUGGAAUACCCUUGGAGUUUGCAAGUACACAGUACAGGAAGACACACACAAAGACUGGGUUUCAUGUGUGCGUUUCUCACCCAAUGCUUCUAACCCAAUUAUUGUAUCAUGUGGCUGGGAUAAAGUUGUAAAGGUAUGGAACUUGACCAACUGCAAACUUAAGACCAAUCACUUUGGUCACACUCAGUUCUUGAACUGUGUUACAGUGUCACCUGAUGGAUCACUCUGUGCUUCUGGUGGCAAGGAUGGCCAAGCCAUGCUGUGGGAUUUAAAUGAAGGCAAGCACUUGUACACCUUAGAUGGUGGAGACUGCAUAAAUGCUAUGUGCUUUUCACCCAACCGUUAUUGGCUGUGUGCUGCUACUGGCCCAAGCAUUAAGAUUUGGGAUCUUGAAGGAAAAGUAAUUGUGGAUGAGCUGAAGCCUGAUGUUAUGGCAGCUGGUGCUGGCCGUGAACCUCCCCAGUGUUUAUCCUUGGCUUGGUCAUCUGAUGGACAAACUCUCUUUGCAGGUUACAGUGAUAAACUUAUUCGUGUUUGGCAAGUGUCCAUGGCUGCACGAUAAACUUCGUUGCAUUAAUGGGGUUUUAUUCAGUCAUUUUAUCACAAGCGUUGGAAUAAAAAUCUUCAAACAAUAAA